UCAACAACCUAAUUCAAUCGACCCACAAAAGUAAAAUAUGAUCGUAUGUUAUGAUUGAAUUAUUGAUCUAUUGAGCAAGUGGGAACGAGAAGCAAGCAUGCAUACAGAGGAAGCAGGGCACAGAAGCAAGCAGCAAUGUUGGGUUUAAAAUCAGUAACAGUGAUCAUGGUGAUGGUGGAGUUUUUGGAUGUGGGGUUGAACAUUUUGAGCAAAGCAGCUAUGAAGAAAGGGAUGAGUGAUUUUGUCUUUGUUGUCUAUGCGAAUGCCCUCGCCCUCUUUGUCUUGCUUCCAUCUUCCUUCUUCUUCUACAGAAGAAGAACUUAUCCACCUCUCUCAUGGUCCUUCAUCUGUAAACUGUUCCUUGUUAGCUUUAUGAGCUCUAGUGCGCAGCUGCUAAGGUUUAUUGGGAUAAACUACAGCUCUCCAACUAUGGCCUCUGCAAUGAUUGAUCUCAUGCCAGCUUUUACCUUCAUUCUUGCUGUCAUCACUGGGAUGGAAAUUCUGGAUUUGAGAAUUACCAGUAGACAGGCCAAGUGCAUAGGCACAGUGGUCUCAAUCUCAGGGGCACUCAUGCUGACCUUAUAUAAAGGCCUACCACUCAUAAGGGCUGAUGCAUCACAUAAUAAAUUAAUCAGUCUGCAGCUUCUUUUAUCCUCUCAAACGAACUGGUUCAUUGGAGGCAUUGUGCUUGCAUUUCAAAGCUUUUUGCUAGCAAUGAUGCAUAUUACAGAGACAUGGGUUAUUAGGGACUACCCUGCAGUGCUGAUGGUUACAACGAUUCGGUGCAUCUUUGUGACCAUCCAAUCUGCUGCAAUUUCUCUGAUUACUGUCAAAGGACUAAAUGCAUGGAAGCUAAAGCCUGACAUUGAACUCAUAGCUAUUGGGUACAAUGCAACUUUUGAAGUAAUGCUAAGGGCUGGUAUUCAUUUGUGGGCAUUGAACAUAAAGGGUCCUGUUUAUGUUGCCAUGUUCAAGCCGCUUGGUUUAGUCAUGGCACUUUUCGUUGGCGUGGCAUUUCUUGGAGAUACUCUUUAUCUUGGAAGGUUGCUGGGAGCGGCUAUAACAGUGGUAGGGUUCUAUGCCGUAAUUUGGGGGAAAGCCCAAGAAGAGAAGGAGAAGGCUCAAAAUGAUCAAACCGGAAGCUUUGAGUCAUUUCCUCAAUCAGAAGCAGAACCUCUUUUGCCUAAACAUUGUAAACAAGGCACUGAGGAGAAAAGUCUUGCACGCCAUCAGUUGUCAAGAUCUUGAUGAUGACUUCGACUUCAAAAAAAAGAAGAAGAAGCUCUUGAUGACUUUCGGAAGGAGUUUUUCUUAUUAAAUAGUUGAGAUGAUAUGUUGUCAAACCACAAAAAAUUCUAUUUUUUUUAUUUGAUAUAAGAGAUAACGAAGUAAGUAGAAUCGAACACAAUAUGCAUGUGUAACUAUUUGAUAUAAGAGAUAAUGAAGUAAGUAGAAUCGAUCACAAUAUGUGUAACGUGGAUAAGUAAACAUUCUAGUAGUAACAAAAAAAUUGGAAUAAAGUCCAACUUCUAUUGGAGUGAGGUGAAAUUGUGGUACAA